AUGAACGAAGAAGGCCACAGGAGGGGGAGAGGAAUGGGCAGGGUUCUUGGUGAGGUCUAUACAAUGCAGGAAAGGGUACGGUCCAAGGUAAAUAUGGAAGAAAUGGAAAACGAACGAGCGUGGGAAGAGUCUAAUUACAUGUCUAGCGAAUGGGAUGAUAUGGAUGAACGUUUUAACCAAAUGUGGAUGAGGGAAAAGUGGAUGAGCAGAGGGAAAUACAGACCUAGAAGUUCGUAUGAUAUAUGCCCUUAUGGUUGCACAGAUGCUGAUUUGAUCGAGGAACUGUCCGAGGACGACAUCAAUAAGCGGCUUGAAGGGUUAGGGAGUCAAGUUAGCGUUAGGGAUAUGUUUAUUCUAUGGAGUAAUGUACAUAGGCUUGAGAGGAAGAAGUAUAUUAAGAUGCAAGAAAGAGCAAAGUUAUUUUGCGAUGAUUUAGUUAGAGGAUUUCAUAUUCCAGAGGAGGUCAGGAUGGAAGUUUGGAUGAGGGUGCAUAGAUGUAUGACUUCUCUUUUUCUUCGCUUUGAGAAAAGGCACCAUAAGCAUUUUUACAUGUUUUUGAACCGAGGUCCAUCUGCUAGGAUUAGAUUCCUUAGCUAUAUAAAUAGAACCCGGAAUGUGUGGAACAUGCGCAGGCUGAAAAUAGACAAUUAUUGGCGCAAAAAGAUGGUUAAGGUUUUUCUGCGGUACAAGAACAGGUUCUUAAAUGGGGCAUACUCCGGCACGGCGGCACCUGGCGCGGGUGUUAGGAGGUACGGCAGAGUGGGUUAUGGGGAGUAUGAUAGUACGGGUAGCAGCGAAGAAGACAUAAGUUAUGCAGACCGGUACGACAGCAGUAAUGUAAUAGUGGGCGAUAGAAGGGACAGCACCAUGUAUGGUAGUGCAGACAGCAAUUUGUACGCAAGUGGCGAUAGCGUCAUGUGUGAGAGAGGAAAUGAAUGUUUGGGGGAGAGUAGAAUUGAUAGCUUGUUUGACAGCACCUAUAGUGGCCUUGAUGCGAGUAGAAUUGGCGGUUUGUUUGACAGCACCUAUAGUGGUGUUGAUGCGAGUACAACUGAUAGCUUGUUUAACAGUACGCAGAGUGGCCUCAGUGGGAGUAGAAUUGACGCUUCGUAUGACAGUACGCAGAGUGGCCUUGAUGCGAGAGAGGGCAAAGAAUAUUCUAGUGCCUUUCCCCCUGGUGACAAGACGCUUUUGCUGUUGUACAUGCUUAUAAGGUCAUCCGUUAUAUUUGAGCAUCUGAAGCUAAUUGAUCUAGUCCUUUUCGUGUUGUUCGUACACACAUUGGAUGAGGUCAGUACAGAAAUGUGCGAAUAG